AUGACGCAUCCUACAGUGCAUAGAAAUUAUCAACAAACCUCUCCAUAUUAUACUGAAUUGCCAACUCCUGCAACAACAUCUCGUGCACCACAACAACAACUUCAGCCGCCUCAAAACCUUCCCGGAACUUUUCCAAAUACUCGUAACGUAUAUCACCCACCAACAUCGUCAACGGAUGCUACGCCUUUACCACAAUAUCAACUUAACCCUCAACUACAUUCCCAUGUACCGCUUACUCAAUCACCAACUUCACCGCCGCUUACACCUUUUAUGCCAGAGACGAAUGGCCCUAAAGUACCUGGAUCACGUUCAGAGUUAAAGGGUGUACUCAGAAAAGAAAGAUACGAAUAUAAAGCACCUUGGCCUGUAUAUGGCUUAGAUUGGUCAAAACGACCUGGUGAGAAAUCGUUCAGACUUGCUUUAGGAAGUUUUAUCGAAGAAAACGCAAACAAGCUUCAAAUUAUUACACUAUCCGAAUUCGCCUAUGACGAUUCUUAUUAUCGUAAUCCUAAUGUCGACCUUGUCAAAAUCGCUGAAACUGAUCACCGCUAUCCUAUUACUAAAGUACUAUGGGAACCAUACAAGGGUGGGUUGAAAACGCCCGAUUUAUUAGCAACAGCCGGUGAUUAUUUAAGAUUGUGGGAAGUUGAAGAUGAUUUUAAUACCUCAAGCAAUACAAUUGGUGCAAAUAAUUUCACAGGAGUUAGGCAGCAACGAUUAACUCACAAAAGUAUGCUGACUAAUACUAAAGCUGAUUUUAAUGCUCCAUUGACAUCUUUCGACUGGAAUGAAAUCGACCCAACAUUGGCUGUAACAUCAAGUAUCGAUACUACUUGUACCGUGUGGAAUGUAGAAACAAAACAAGCGAAAACACAAUUAAUUGCUCAUGAUAAAGAAGUUUAUGAUGUCGCAUUUGCUUCAGGCACUGUAGAUGUGUUUGCUAGUGUCGGUGCCGAUGAACAUUCUACGAUUAUUUAUGAAACUGUUAACCCACAUCCUCCAUCCGUGAAUGCUGCUAAUACAGUAUUGCCUUCUCCUUUACUUCGAUUAUGUUUUAACAAAAUGGAACCCAAUUACUUGGCAACUUUCCAUAUGGAUUCUCUAGAUGUUCAAAUAUUAGAUGUAAGAGUUCCUGGUGUUCCCGUUGCAGAAUUAAGAGGUGAUGAUUCUCAAGUUCUUGUCUGGAACAUUAAUGGAGUGCAGAUGGGAGGCGUUGGUGGAAAACCAUAUAAUAACGAUCCUAUCUUGUCUUAUAAAGCUGAUAGCGAAAUCAGUCAAUUAAGUUGGAGUUCUAGAUACCCAGACUGGGUAGCGAUAGGAUUUGGUAAUACCGUACAAGCUUUGAGAAUGUGA